AAAGUGUCAUACAGAUGGUAAAAAGCUAUAAAUAAGACUGGUGACGAUCAGGAAAGGUAAAGUCACGCAAUGGCGGGGCUUCAAUUCCUCCUUCUCUUAUCUGUUUCCAUACUUAUUGCCAACGGAAAAAUCAUCAAAAACGCUAGGCACGAGGUGCGGAAAUUCCCUGACAACUUUUUGUUCGGCACAGCCACAGCUUCUUACCAGGUAGAAGGAGCGUGGGAUGAAGAUGGAAAAUCGGAAAGUAUUUGGGAUCACAUUACCCACGAGAAUCCCUGUGUUACAAAAGAUUGUUUGAAUGGCGACAUCGCUGAUGAUUCUUAUCACCAAUAUAAGAGAGAUGUAGAGAUGAUGAGGGAGCUGGGCCUUGACUAUUACAGAUUUUCUCUCUCGUGGCCAAGAAUUUUACCAACUAGCUUUCCAGAUCAAAUAAACGAACUAGGUGUUCAGUAUUAUAAUAAUUUAAUUGAUGAAAUGCUAAAGUACAAUAUUAAACCAAUGAUUACGUUGUAUCAUUGGGAUUUGCCUCAAAAACUGCAGGAGAUGGGUGGAUGGACCAACCCUAACAUAAUUGACUGGUACUCAGACUACGCUCGUGUUGCUUUUGGGUUAUUUGGUGAUAGAGUCAAAGAUUGGAUCACAAUCAAUGAACCGCACCCAGUUUGUUACUAUGGUUAUGGAGAUAAAGCAAUGGCUCCUCUUCUUAACAUCAAGGGUAUCGCAGACUAUAUGUGUACGAAAAACUUAUUGUUAGCUCACGCUAAAGCGUACCACAUCUACGACAAAGAAUUCCGACCGACACAGGGUGGUAAGAUUUUUAUUGCACUGAGCGCACAAUGGUACGAUACUGAGUACGAGGAAUUUUCAGUUGCAGCUGAGGAAGCUAACGAUUUCUCGUGGGCGAUUUAUUCUCAUCCCAUAUUUUCGGAAACCGGCGAUUUCCCGAAAUCUUUAAAAGAAACAGUAGCCGCUAAAAGCGCUGAACAAGGUUUUCGCAGAUCAAGGCUGCCGGAAUUCACUCAGGAGGAAAUUGACUACAUCCGCGGUACAUCUGAUUAUUUUGGACUUAAUCACUACUCUACAAAAUAUGUUUAUCGUAAUGAAUCUACGAUAAAUUAUUACGAGUCACCGUCGUUUGAAGAUGAUCUAGGUGUUAUAAUGUACACCUAUGAUGACUGGAAGAUUGGGGAAUCGGAAUUCACAAAAUUUGUUCCAUGGGGAUUCUACAAACUGUUAACAAAAAUCAGAGUAGAUUAUGGUAAUCCUUCUGUGAUAAUUACUGAAAAUGGUUUUGCAACACUCGGAGGCUUGAACGAUGACGAUCGCAUUACUUACUACAAGUAUUAUAUGAACGCCAUGCUGGAUGCUAUUGAGGAUGGAUCUGAUGUUCAGGGAUACACGGCUUGGAGUCUAAUGGAUAAUUUUGAAUGGUUACAAGGCUAUACGCAACGUUUCGGUUUGUACGAGGUGGACUACGAGAGCGCGGAACGCACGCGCACGCCGCGCAAGUCCGCCUUCGUGUACAAGCAAAUUGUGCGAACGCGCGAACUCGACAUGCACUACGAGCCCGACACCGACGUCAUGACCAUCGACGAGGGACACAUAGUGAUAAAAGUGACAUGUUUGCCUGCUAAAACUAGUAUAAAUAAAGCUAGUUUUCUUCGCUGGAGGUUAAGUCACGCAAUGGCGGCGUUACAGAUACUUUUUCUUGUUACUGCGUCUAUAAUAAUAACUGAAAGCAAAAUAAUUAAUCAAGUUCGACAUGAAGUUAGGAAAUUUCCUGACAAUUUUCGUUUCGGCACAGCCACCGCUUCCUAUCAGGUAGAAGGAGCAUGGAAUGAAGACGGAAAAACCGAAAGCAUUUGGGACCAUGUGACCCACGAAAAUCCAUGCAUUACAACGGACUGUUUAAAUGGCGAUAUCGCAGACGAUUCUUAUCACCAAUAUAAGAGAGAUGUAGAGAUGAUGCGGGAGCUAGGCCUGGAUCAUUACAGAUUUUCACUUUCGUGGCCAAGAAUUUUACCAACCAGUUUUCCCGACAAAAUCAACGAAGCAGGAGUUCAGUAUUAUAACAAUUUGAUUGAUGAAAUGCUUAAAUACAACAUUCAGCCAAUGAUUACGCUGUAUCAUUGGGACUUGCCACAAAAACUUCAAGACAUGGGUGGAUGGACCAACCCUAAUAUUAUUGACUGGUACUCAGACUACACGCGUGUUGCGUUUGAGUUAUUUGGGGAUAGAGUUAAGGAUUGGAUUACAAUCAAUGAAGCUCACGCAGUCUGCUAUGCUGGCUAUGGAGACAAAGCGUUGGCACCCCUUCUUAACAUCAAGGGUAUCGCAGACUAUAUGUGUACGAGAAACUUGUUGUUAGCUCAUGCAAAAGCAUAUCACAUUUACGAUAAAGAGUUUCGUCCAACUCAGGGUGGAAAGAUUUCCAUGACUAUUGUCGCGCAGUAUUAUGAUACAGAACAUGAAGAAUUCGCACAAGCUGCUGAAGAAGCAAAUGAUUUCUCGUGGGGCCUUUAUACUCACCCUAUAUUUUCGGAAACUGGCGAUUUUCCAAAGUCCCUUAAAGAAAGAGUAGCCGCUAAAAGCGCAGAACAAGGAUUUCCCAGAUCAAGGCUUCCGGAAUUCACUCAAGAGGAAAUUGACUACAUUCGCGGUACAUCUGAUUACUUAGGACUUAAUCACUAUUAUACAAGUUUUGUUUAUCGCAAUGAGUCUACCAUGAACUAUUACGAGACACCGUCCUUCGAUGAUGACUUGGGUGUUAUGAUGUACACGUAUGACGAUUGGAUUAUUGGUGAAUCUGAUUUCACGAAAUUUGUUCCAUGGGGUUUCUACAAGCUAUUAACGAAGAUAAGAGAGGAUUAUAGAAAUCCUACAAUUGUUAUAACAGAGAAUGGGUUUGCAUCACACGGGGGGUUGAAUGAUGACGAUCGCAUUAAAUACUACAGACAUCACUUGAGCGCUGUACUGGACGCCAUUGAAGACGGAUCAGAUAUCCAAGGUUAUACGGCAUGGAGUAUGAUGGACAAUUUCGAAUGGCUAAGAGGAUACACUGAGCGCUUUGGUUUAUACGAGGUGGACUACGAAAGCGCGGAGCGCACACGCACGCCGCGCAAGUCUGCCUUCGUGUACAAGCAGAUUGUGCGCACGCGGGAACUCGACAUGCACUAUGAGCCCGACACUGACGUCAUGACUAUCGACGAGGGACACUGAACAUUUGCUAUAUCUUACAUCGAAUUAUAAAAACGUUACAAA